AAUGAGAGAGAGAGAGAGAGAGAGAGAGAGAGAGAGAUCUCGACGGAAGAAGGGAGGACGACGAGUCAUCGUCUUCAUGGCGGGCUCUCGAGGGAGCUCCGGCGAUAGCCGUGGAGAUCCGUCGGUUAUUUCCAUCAUUGGUGGUGGAGUCUGCAUGAUGAAUCCUUCAUGGAGAGAUGAACAGCAUCCAUCUUUCAUCAAUUUUAUUUCUUCAUUUCUAUGUGCAAAUUCCUACCGCCUAAAUUUCCUUCCGAUAUCUCCUGACCUCAUUUUCAACAAUGGAGGACUGUCUGUAGCAUUCAUUUUUGAAACAAAUUGGGAUCCUAUCAGGGUUUCGUCUGUCUUUACCAGAGUUGAAGAGCUGAAGAGGCAAUUUAGGUUUCUGUAUGUUGUUGUUUCAGUUCCAACAAGAGAACAAAAUGAUUCUUUCAAUCAUUCAUACUUCAGGCACAACAUAGAACUUGGUAAUCCAACUUUUGUGCCUGUGUGUGAUCGAGAGAUGGGGUUUGAGAAGAUUGUGAAGAUAGCACAUGCUCGUGGAGUAUGUAAAAGACAAGAUGCGAUCAACACGAUGAAAGAUGAGCGUAAGCAAGCAGUCCAAGGAAUUGAUCGAUUCUUGAGAGUAGUCACCUCAAUACCAGGCAUAGAUGAACAUGACGCAAAUGCGCUUGUGCAAUCUCUUGGCUCUAUUGAAGCAAUAUCAAAAGCAUCCAAAAGCUUUAUUCUGGAGACGACAGAUCUUUCAGUUGAUAAAGCAGAGAGGAUUGUAAGUUUUUUCAGGGAUCCAAAGUACUAUCUCAGUCCCAAAAUUAAUUAAUACUAGGUAUGAUCUUGCAAACUUGUAGUAGCAUAUGAUACUACUCUCCUUUCCUCGUAGCAUAGUUAAGGCUAGUUUUCUUAACAUGUAUUAACUUUGUUGGAGAGAAUCUUUCAUUUGGUUUAUGCCAAAAAAUGCAAGACUGAAUUCUCACACCAUUUCAUCAAA